AUGACUCCAAACACCGCUCAGAGCACUCCCGGUAGCUCACAGAACAUAAAUCAACUUCGCAAUAAGAAGCGCUUGCGUGACAUAGACGAAGACGAGAACGAAAAGACCCACCGAAAAACCAAGAAACACAAAUCGUCCCGAAAACAUAAGAAACACCGAACUUCCUCAGGUCGCAAAUCGUCCCGCAAAACUGUCAAGCCUAUCCCGGAGGAGAUACCAGAAACACCCCUUAAGCAGUCGCCAGUGCUUUCCGGGUUCACCCCGAUCAACAAGAGCCGAAAACAAAACCUUGUACCUCCACCAAUCCGGACUGAAACCCGGACUCCGCCAAAUACUAACCUAGCUCCAUCGGACACUGAAGGGAUCUUCCCGAGUAACUGGGGAGCAACCCUAACUGAUUCCGACUCCUUUCCCGACUUUAGUUCCGAACCCUCUGAACCAUACAUAAGUGACGAUCAAGACCCAGCAACAGGUCCAGCAACAGGCCCACUAGCAGCAGUCUCCACUGCUUCCUCAGCACGCAGCAGUGCUUCACCAGAGGCCCUUGUACGGACGACCGUACUUAGGGUUAGUGCUACCCCACCAGCACCCGCUAGUGCUCCACAAAAGAACGUUGCCCGGAAGACCAUAGUCCCAAGUCAAGUUCUCACUCGGUCCAAGUCUAGUGCAGUCCGCUCAACAGGCCCAGCAGCAACAGGCCCAGCAACAGGCCGCUCAACAGGCCCAGCAGGCUCUACUACUCCCUCACCAGCACCCGUCAGUGCUCCACCGAAGGUUCUUGCACCGGAGACCCCUACAUUCAAGCCCCGACGCCCCUCUCGGUUAUUUUCUAGUGCAAGCCCGUCCGAACUAAUAGACCACCCCUCACCAGUACGACAGAGACUAAUUAGACCCGAGCCAUCGCCGAUUGUCCAAGAGACAUCCCCGAGUGUUCAAGAGACAUCCCCGAGCUCGACCGCAUUCAAGAUGACUCAAGCAAGCAAAGCGAAGAUGACUUUAGGUCUACUCAACCUACCUAGAGUGUACACCAGCAUCCGCAACAGCCUAAAGGCGGAAAUGCAAAAUGUGGGUUGGGUCAAUAAAAGCACGUCCGGUAUGGCUGCGUUCAAUGCCCUAUGCCUUUACUUGAUGAACUUGCCCUCCCUCAACGAUGUUGGUAUGAAGGAUAGGUUAUCAAGGGGACAGGGAGACCGUCAGUUCAAAGAGGCUGCCGGUGAUAGUGAUGAUGAUGAUGACGGCGGUGGUCAGGCAGCCGGAAGACGCUCUCGCAAAGGGAAAGAGCGUGCAGUACCUCCGGAACUCGUGCGACCUUCCAUAAUGGUUACCGUGGUGGACCCCGAUGCUCUAGGGGCAUUCUUUAUGCUCGUCCCACCACCUACUUAUGACUGGAAUGAUCCCCUGAACGAACCUUCGUUUAUCGGAAUUUUGACCAAGAUAACUUUCCCCGAGCUAUGCAACUUGAUCCUGAAGCACACCGUACCCGGCAGAGCAGUCAGGACUAUCUGGGGGGCAAUUGAGAAUGUCCCCCCGGCAGCUGUUCCUCCCGUUCGGCCGGUGGAGGUACAAAUUACCGAUUCAGAGGAGCUCGAAGGUUGGUUGAAAAACAACAAUGCCAGGCCUCGGAGGAUAUUGGCGGUCCUCCACAGAGCAGGCGCGGGUGCUAACCUGGGUGGUGCGGAAUCCCCCCCGUUGAACUCGGCUUUCCCUCACGUUGAGGAAGAUGAUUAUAGCAUGAUCGAUAUUCCUGCAGAGGAUUCGGAUUACGAGGAGGGAAAGCACCAGAUAAAUGCCAAAGGACUGAGGGUAUAUAUGCCUAGAACUGAUGCCAGUAAUCAAAGGCUAAUUCAGACUCUUGUUAGGCGUCGCGAUAGACAGCAGGAUGCUAUCGACGAUUUAGACCCCAAAUACCUUAGGAAGUAUCCUUUGGGUGUCGGGGUUGCUGACCCAAACUUCUUACAGGGGACGAUCUGGACACCUGCCGGGAUAGCAGCCAAGAGAGCUGCUGACGCACUCGCGGCUGCUGGUGCUGGAGGUGGUGGUGGUGGUGGUGGUGGUGGUGGUGGUGGUGGUCUAGGACCUCCACCGCCUCCGGGCGGACCUCCUCCUCCUCCGGGCGGCGGUGGUGGUGGAGGACCAGCUGGAGGCGGUGGUGGUGGUGGUGGUGGGCCAGCUGGAGGCGGUGGUGAUGGUGGUGGUGGGCCAGCUGGAGGCGGUGGUGAUGGUGGUGGUGGUGAUGGUGGUGAUGGUGGUGGGCAUCAUUAG